GACCAGCGAAGGCGGGCGGGGCGGGGAGGAGGAGGGGGGCGCUGGCCGGCCGCUCCCGCGGCUGCUCUGCCUGGCUAGCAUGGCUUUUUCCGCGCCCGGCGCUGCCUCCGGAGGGCUCCGCACCCAGGACGCCUGGUCCCAGCAGAUCUUUCCUGUCAUCCAUUGGAUCCAAGCAGUCAUGGCUUCUUUGAGCAUAAUAGGGUCCAGCUCGCUGAUUGGGUAUGCAGUGCUCCAGAAUACAGCCAGAUCCCCCCAGGGACGGCCUUUGUUCUACUUGAGCCUCUUGGAUCUCUUUCUGGGCAUGUGCUGGCUGUUGGGGGCUCUCCUCUACAGUGAAGAGGCUGCUACGUCCGCAAGCCAAGAGGCUGCUUGCUACAACCUACAAGCCACAGGAGAGAUCUUCUAUGUUGCCUCCUUCUUGUAUACUGUCAAUUACAUCUGGCACCUUUACAUAGAUCUGAAGAUGAAAUAUAACCAGAAUCUACAAAACCGGCCACCCCAGAUUCUAAGCUACGCAAAUCACAUUGGCCAAGCAGCUAUCGUUUUUUCCGGCUUUGUCCCUCUCUUAUUGAUGGUUCCCGUGUUUGGGCUGGGCAACUAUUACAAAUGUUUUCAGAACUUCACUGCGGAACAUGGGUGCCUCUUGAUGCACACGGAAGUCAAGUUCAUCACCGGUCCCCAUCAACUUCCUUGCAGUGUGAUGUUCUCUUAUGGCAUCGGAGUAUUUCUCAUCUCAUUCCUGGCCAGCUUCAUUGCUAUCCUGGUUUUGCUUAUCCGAGCCCGGGGGCUGUACAAGAGGUUUCUGAAUUCAACCGGCUACAUGGGCGAUCAGGAGUGGGCAAUGAUUAAGAUGGUAGAGCAAAGAGUGUUUUUGUACCCCAUGAUAUUUUUUUGCUCCUGGGGUCCAGCCUUUAUCCUUGGAAUCUUCAGACUGACAUCUUUGGAGCACACCAGGCUGUACAUGGGAUUUUGUGUUUUAGAGGCCCUGACGGCGUCAUCCCAGGGCCUCCUGAACUGCGCCAUUUCCUGCUGGACCCAGCAUACGUUCCGCUGCAUGAAGCGCAGGGCCUGCCAAGAUGGCGAGACCCAGACGCCACUCCUGCGGUCCCAGAAGAGGUUCUACGAAAGCACACUCCCUGCCGCUGGCCGCCAGGCGGAGGCCAAGUCCGCUGCAGGCUCCACGGUGCUGUGAGCAAGGGAGCUUUUGGAGUCCCUCUAGCUGAGCACCCGAAACUCACUCCUUCCCAUUCCUUUGGCACCCUCCUCGCUGCCACAUAUUGCCAGAGGAGGAAAUGGGCAGCCCAGCCACCUUGGCCCACCAGGCUCCCCACCUGAUCCCACCCAUGCCCUGCCAAGUUAAGAGGCCUUAUCCAGUCCAGCGCCCCGUAACCUACGAGGUGGGAGGGCACGGGCAAGAACUCUGGCAUUCAGAAAAAGGACUGGGUCUACAGCCGGCACACGGAGCAAGACCGCGACUGGCCAGCGGCAAUGGCACCCUCUCCCCCAUGAGGCUUUUGGUGGAGCAGGAAAACUGAGGCUUCAUCAUGGGAGCUGGAUGGUGUGUUUGACAACCAUUAUUUAUAUGGGUGAGAGGGAGGGAGCCUCUUUUAAUUCUGCAACUACAGGAGAUUAUACCAGGACUGUGUUGGAAUCUGGAUGUGCGUGAUAAUAGGCUGCUGUGGGGCCGACUUUUCUUCCCCAGAGCUGCUUGUUUUUGUCGUUUUCUGCUCGACAGUAAAGACAAAAGGGAACAUGCGGCAUUUAUUGUCUUGGAUAUUAUUAUUAUUAUUAUUAGGCAGAGAAACUGUGACUGGCACAAGGGCCACCCUGUGAGCUUCGUGUGUGAGUGGGGAUUUGAACCCAACUCUCUCCCAGACCUAGUCCAGCUCUCCAACUACUGCACCAUCACUGACUCAUACACACACCACACAAUUUUGUGUGUGUGUGUGUGUGUGUACACGCUUGUACACAUCGAGGGGGCCCUUUGAAUACAUUGCGAAUUGUGCACAUCUCUGCAUGCUUAUUUGGAAGCAAGUGCCACUCCUGCAAUGGGACUCCUUCCUGGGCAAGCUUGAGCAGCCACAAGCAUGUCUCUCCUCCAUCAUUUGCUCAGUUUUUGCCAACAUGAUGUCCUCCAGCCGCUUUGGACCAAAACUGCCCCCAGCCCUGCCCCACAAACUGCAGGAAGGGAAUCUUGUGCUCAGGUCCUGCUAGUGAGUUUACCACAUGCCUCUGUUAGGCCACUGUAAGAACAGGAUGUUGGACUUGAUGGGCCAUUGGCCUGACUCGGCAGGACUCUUCUCACAUUACGUCUGCUGUUUCACCCUGGAUGAAAAGUGCAAGUGAGGGGAAGCCAAGGUUGUACACAUGGUUUAUUGUGCAGACCCAGUUCCUAAAUGCUAGUGAAAUGAUACUUAGAUGGCCCUCGAAGUUCUAAGUUUAGUCACCCAACAAGGACAAACUGUUUUACUACUGCCAGGUUACACAGCACGGAGUGUAACAUUUGAUUUCAUUAAACUAUUUCGGUGCAUUCUUCUUAAGGCUUUCGCAACUGGGGGGGAAAUGCAAAUUUUAUUGGAGCAAAGACAGCAUUACAACUGCUCCUAUUAUAAGGACUAUAUACAGGGGAAAUUUAUUUCUGGGAUGAGGGAACAUGUGCCCCCCUUGCAUAUGGCUGAACUACAGUUCCCAUCAGCCACUGGCACAGCAUGGUCAGCAGUCCAGGGAUGAUGGGAAUUGGGGUCCACAUGCCACCAACCUCUGCUUUAUUAUGGAUGCUUUGGAGUGCAGUCGAUCCAAGGAUGCCUUGAAAUGUCCACAAGCAUUACUCUUUGGAAUCCAAAGUUUUGUCAACAGCUGGGCCGCUGCCCUGCAGAUUCUCUCCAACCCGUGAGCUGGUGAAUCGCCUACGCUGACUUCCAAACCAUCCUAGUAGCUUCAGCAGCCUUGGCGCAAUGACAGUGAUAGCGGCAAGACCCAGGAUUCCUAGAGGGAUCACUGUUCCAAAAGUUUGUUUCACCACUUUUCUUGGGCUCCAGGUCUGUACUGGAGACCCGCCAUCAAUGCUUCCCCCGGGCCCCCAAAACCUGCAGUUCGGAGGGGCCCAGCCGUAGUUGCAGUGGCAGUUAUUGAGGUUGUUACAAAUACCUCUGUCACUGCACUUUUUCUUGGGAUCACACGCUAUCUUCUCCCUGGAAAUGCACUUCCGGUUCUUGCAGAGUUUCCCAGAGUCACAUGGAGUGCCGUCAGGCACCACUCCAAGAUCCACAAAAUCUGUCCCGCCGUGGUAGGCCAUGCUCCAGCAGGCAGCACCAGACACCUCAGUGUGGGUCACGGAAUAGUGUGGUAUUGAAGGUACCUCUACGACGUUGGUACACUGAAUUCUCCCGCACUUUACGUCUUGAGGCUGGCAUUUCACAAAAGUACUUCCUGUCGAAUCGCCGCCACAGUUGCCAUACUCAUUCCCCACAGUAUUCAGAGACUGAAAGCAGGAUGCCUUAGCCGCUCUGGCUCCAUAGCCAAAGAUCCUGGCACACAGGAAGUUGUGAGUCCAACACUGCUUGGCGUAACAAUGGGAGCUGUGUUCGCUGCACGGCGUCCCGUCUUGCAUGUACACAUCAUUGGGGCACCACUCAGAUUUCCCACUACAGUACUCAGGAAGGUCACACUCAUUGAUCUGAAUUCGGCAAAGGUUUCCCUCUGGAAGGAAGCUACAGUUUUUACAACAUUGCCCAGAAGAGCAUUGUGCAUGUGGCUUCAAGGUGCAGUCAGUGUUGCAGCAAGGAUCCUGCCUGCACCUCUGCAAGCUGCCACAGUCACAUUCUUCCCCCUUAUCCAGCAGUCCAUUGCCACAACGCUUGAAAGCUAUUGUUUUGGGGGGCGUGUUGGCCAGGCAGUCCAGGUGCCCAUGCAGCACAAGUUCUGCAUAAGUAUGAAUGCUGCAGUUGCUGAACUUGCUCGUUUCCGCCUGGUACGAAUGCAUGACACAGCUUUUGUAUCCUCCACAAACACAGUUGGAUUCGUCGUGUUCAAGCCCCAUGUGGUGACCCAACUCAUGGGAAACGGCCCUUGAAAAGAGAAUUGGAUUCUUCUCCAAGUAGCUCAUAACCCCUGCAGAAUAGCUUGGCCUGCAGAUGGCAUUCCUGUACGACUUCCCGAGGGUGUGGUGGAACUUCUGGUGAAUGAACAGCAGGGCUGUGUCGUGCUUAACCCACUUCGCAAUAUUGUUCACUCUCCAGCUAUUGAAAGCAUUCAGAAGCAACCUGAUGUCAUUGGUAACCUCGAAUCGGUUGCCUGUGUUCCAGAUCUCCAGUCCGAUCAGGACAACAUGUGUGUGCACCUCGUGGAAAUGCACAUCAAUUAAGUUAAUUAUGUCCAAAAUGAGGUACGUCAUCCUGGUUUCAUUGGCACCUUCAAACUGAAACAGCUUCUGGUCCACAACAACGUACAGCUCAAUGUAUUUUGGGAGCCUCGGGUCAGGCUGGUGCCACUUUUCUAUCUUCCGUUCUUUUGCCUGACGCUUUGCAACUGGAGCUCUCAUUCCACACAUUGGCAGCCUUGGUUCUUUGAUCAAGUAGAGAAGGUGCUGAAAAGUUGAAGAAUCGUGGAAAGGUUCUAUGCCGUAAUUUCUGUCUCUGAUACUUAGGAAUCCUGUCAAGCCAGAGCAGGUCUUAAGAACCACAAGCGAAUUGGCUAUGCCAUCCACAUGCCCUUCAUGGUAGCAUUCAACAGGGAUGUAGGGAUGACUUUCGAUCCGUCUGCCCUGGGAACUGUAUGUGAAGAGUGGGAGGUUUUUGACCAGGAAGUCCUCCUUCCUGGGCUUCAGCUGAAUGACGUAGUCCUUUCCUGACACCUUGAGGAUAUAAGAAAGUUCACCCUUCUUGGCUUUCCCUCCCCAAAGCACCAACCGCCUUGGGAUAAUCACUUCGUACGACGUAGACUCAGGAGGAGGAAAUGAGCUGGUGGGAAGGAGGAACCCCAGCAAAAUAACAGGAUUCAUCAACUGCAGAAACAGCCAUUUGUGGAGGCCACCACUGCCACGCGCCAUGAUUUGCUUCCACUAUUUGCUAUCCUUAAACAGCCUAGAGUAGAGAUGAGACAGGCUGGGCUUUCUGACUUAACAUCCCCACCAAUCAUUAAUUCUCAAGGGGCUUUUAAAAGCUUGUCAGUGUGCUCAAGAAAACACAAGGCAAUACCCGCCACUACCACCACCUCUCUCUUGACAGUUGACGUCAUUUGGUUGUGAUACGAGUUUAAAAAGGUGGUGUGCCCACUGCGGUCUGGCAUUUGCAAAUGGAGUUAGGGUAACUAACCAAAACACUGGCCUUCCUUAAACUUUUGACUCUUAAACGCCUCCGCAACUUCAUGGCCUAGGUGCCACCAUUUUCUCUUCUCAGAAUCUGUUGUGGUCACCUUGCCAGGUGAUACCAAGGACCAAAAGGAGGAGGGGUGGACACUAGAGAGAGGAAGAUACCCAAUAAUUAUAUUCCUCUAGUCCAAGGAAUUAUCAUUUAAUCUUCUAAAGUGUACUUCCAGAGACUUAUAGAUGACAAAGGAGACAACAAAAAGGGAGGAGGAACCAACAUGCCUGCUUCAAAUGUCUUCUCCUGUGGUUUCUUCUGUGGUGGGAAAUUCCAUGACCAGGCUAACAGCUUCUCAUGCUUUUUUGAAUGUGGAACAUUCCGUCGGCUGAGGCAGGUGGGCAUUGGAAGAGCACGGAACAGGGUAGAGAGCAGCUGUUUGCUAUUCUCAAUGUGGAUCGGGACCCACUUAUUGCUGGAAUCCUGGCCAAGAGGGCUAACCUAGGCCACAUUCACACUGUGGGUUUAAAGGGGAAUUGUGAAGGAAGAGUACACAUGAGUAGCCGACAGGGACAGGGAGAAAGGUCAGGUGGGCUAAAGCUCAGAAUGAUCUCAGGCUUGCAAGAGAGGUGAAAGAUAAUAAUAAAGGUUUCUUUGGCUAUGUUCAAAGCAACAGGAAGUGUGGUAGGUCCUCUGCGGGGAGAAAACGGAGAAAUUGAGUGACAGAGAGAAGGUGGAAGCUGCUCAGCACCUACUUGACCUCUGUCCAAAAGGAAAUCAGUGCCUAACCUGGCGAUAACACAAUAAACAAUGCAAGGAGGGAACUGCAGCCCAGUAUAGGAGAAGAGGUGGGAAAGGUACACCUAGCUACGUUAAACAAAUUCAAAGCUCCCAGGGUCUGAUGAGCUGUACCCAAGGUGGUGCUGUUGUUUAGUCGUUUAGUCGUGUCCGACUCUUCGUGACCCCAUGGACCAGAGCACGCCAGGCACUCCUGUCUUCCACUGCCUCCCGCAGUUUGGUCAAACUCAUGUUCGUAGCUUCGAGAACACUGUCCAACCAUCUCGUCCUCUGUCGUCCCCUUCUCCUAGUGCCCUCAAUCUUUCCCAACAUCAGAGUCUUUUCCAAGGAUUCUUCUCUUCUCAUGAGGUGGCCAAAGUAUUGGAGCCUCAGCUUCAGGAUCUGUCCUUCCAGUGAGCACGCAGGGCUGAUUUCCUUCAGAAUGGAUAGGUUUGAUCUUCUUGCAGUCCAUGGGACUCUCAAGAGUCUCCUCCAGCACCAUAAUUCAAAAGCAUCAAUUCUUCGGCGAUCAGGCUACUAAAGGAGUUUGAGAAUGUAAUCUCAGAGCCUCUGUCUAUGAUCUUUUGAGAAUUCCUGGAGAACAGAUGAAGUCCCUACAGAUUGGAGGCAAGCAAAUGUUGUCCCCAUCUUCAAAUAAGGGGGGAAAGAAGACCCAGGUAACAGGUGAGCUCGACAUCAAUACCAGGGAAAGGCCCUAGAACAGAUAAUUCAACAGUCGGUCUGUGAGCAUUUAGAAAAGGAUGCUGUGAUUACUAAGACCCAGCGUGGGUCUCUCAAAAACAAGCCUUGCCAGACAAAUCUUAUUUCUUCUUUUGAGAAGAGUUAUGAGCUUGGUGGAUCGGGGGAAUGCUGUGGACAUAGUGUAUCUUGAUUUCAGUAAGGCUUUUGACAAAGCCCACCCAUGAUAUUCUUGUGAGGAAGAUGGUAAAAUGUGGGUUGAAUUAGGUAACAGGUGGAUUUGUAGCUGGUUGACUGACUGAAUGCUGGGUCUGGUGAGACACUUGCAUGUUUGCAAUGAUUUCAAUGACCUGCUUCCUUUUCCUGAUAAUGGGUCUGCCUGAUGCCUUCCCGUUCCCUGUCCAGUUGCCCCUCAAAACCGUAUUUGCUUGAACCCUCUGGUGGCCACAAUUUAAGGAGGAUAUUGACAAGUGGGAAUGUGUGCAGAGGAGGGCAACCAAGAUGAUCAAGGAUCUGGAAACAGGGCCUUAUGAAGAAAGGUUGAAGGAGCUGGAUCUAUGAUUCUGUGACCAUGCCUUAGUGCAAUUCAACCUGUAACCACACCUAGGCAAAGCAAAUCAUAUCCUUCCUCAACCCCUUGCACCCUUUUUCUUUUGCAAUACCUUCUGUGCUGAAUUGUCGAUUGCAAGCUGCCUGGGGCAGAGACCUGUCCCCUUCUCCUUUGGAAAGGCAUGACGUGUGCAGAUGGUGCUAUAUGGACAAUGCAUGGGUCUUCUGUGGGACAGACUGAUCUCAUAAUUCAGGCAUGUCCAAAAUCCGUUCCAGGGCCUAAUCCGGCCCAUCGUUUGGUUUAAUCUGGCCCCUGUGGCAGUUCAUUUACUUGGGCAAAAUCCUUUAUAAAAGCUCAACAACUUUGGGGCAAAAUUGUAAAGAAAGCUCAACAACGUUGGGCUUUCUUUGAAAAAUGUUUGGGCACCCCAUCAUAAUUGGAUUAAGGAUAAGCAAAGGAGGAAAAAGUCACUGCACUGCACACUCCUUAAGAAAUAAUAGCCCCAUUCAGCCCUUUGUUCCAACGCUUUGCAACAUAUAUACAUGCUUAAUAUAUUGGGGCAACAGACAAAACUGUGAUGGAAAGUGCAUUUAGACCAGCGAUGGGAGAACAUAUGGAAAGAACAGGUUCCCCACCUCCGAUUUAGAUCUGCACCCUCAUAAGCCAAACUGCCAAUGCCAACAAGCUCUGAAUGCAUUACGUGGGCAAUGGGAAGCUAUUCAUCAAAAACUGGUGGAGUUUAGAAACAGACCUCAUUAUUCUACAAAAUGCAGACUUUUUACUCUGCCCAAUUUUGCCAUGCAGAAGAUGGCUGGGGGUGAGGAAGCUGGCCAAUGGAGGCACUCAACUGAUCUUGAGACGAUACCUGCUGCUAAAAUGCUAAUCUGCAAUUUAAUUUCUAAAACUUUUUUAAAAAAACAAAAAACAACAAGAGCCAGAUACUUUUAAAAGUUUUAGUAAAAUUAUUUAUGUACACCAAUGCAUAAUAUUUACAUUUAUAUAAUACUGAUGGGCGGGGGAGAGAACCGAACUGAACCAUGGUACA